AUGGCCGAGCAGCGAGAUGGCCUGGAGGAGCAAGUUGCGGCCGCCCGGCAGGAAACAGAGCAGCUGAAGGCCCUGAUACCGGCCUCGGAGUUGCCCGAGGACACCAAGCUGAAAGAAAUCCACGAGCUUGAGGAGCAGUCCAAGGAACUGGCAAACAUGCUGGACGAGCUGGAGGAGCAGCGCAACAGCAACCAGGCUGAGAAGGAAAAGCUGCAGCAAGAGCUGGCAAAGGCCCUCGCCACAGACGAGGCAAAGGAGGUGGGCAUGGAUGAGGCCAGCGCGGUACGGAAGUCUGGCAGUGGAAUGCAGCGUGUGGAGUCCACGACCUCGAAGCCUGCACAGGUCAAGGACCUCAGCCAGCUUCGGAGGCUUGCCAAGGAGGGCAGCCGGCAGGAGAUGCCGGAGUCUACCCCUUCAGUGGUGCAGGAAGUGCAGCCAGCCGCAUCGAACCUGGUGAACCCCAGGCACACCUAUGCCUCCACGGACGACGCGUAUGCCCCGGCCGCUGAUGACUAUGCUCCAGAGGAACUGAUGGCUGGGGAACCGAUGGUUGGCGAUGCCUCUGCCGCAGGAGCCCUUGCAAGGGAGCCCGACGCGGCUGAGGCAGCCGAGGUGAGCCGCAUCCGCGCCCGCCUGGCAGAGCUUGAAAGUCAGGACCACCAGAUCGAGGAGAAGGCGACCACCGUUCGACAACGUCGCCAGGACGUGGACUCUUCUCUGGGCCGCUUCGCGCCUGAUGCGCCGGGCCGCAUCAAAGAGGCAUGGCAGCGCGGCGUCACACUGGGCUCGUUGCUGGACUUCUUCGUCGAAAACUGUGGAGAGGUCAGUUUCGAGCCAUCCUUUUUUGGUAACGACGAUGACUGGCGAAGACCGCUGUGCGUCGCGACCAAGCUCAACCGGAGAUGCCACCAGUUGAACCAAGAGAAUCGAGCCGAGAUCGCGAAGAAGAGGCUGAGGCCUUUGAUUCCGAAUGUCUUUGCCGUGGAGAAGCUCUUCAUCAGGCCGCUGACAGAAGAGAGGCGGUGUUCCAUGGCAGAGCUUUGGAGCACAUCGCCCGUAGAUGCUGAGAUCUUCGUCAGCCACGCGUGGACGGAGGACUUUGGUGAGUUUAUUCAGGGCUUGACUCGCUUCGCAGUUUCCCUGACGUUUCGAGAGUCACCGGCACUACCUCAGGACGCCGCCGCCAGCCACGCCCGAGGCCGCAGCUUCUUCAUCCACGCCUUCUCAGAUUCCAUGUGGUCCGACGACCAGGGCAAGUCCUUGGAGGAUCUUCCCGUGUAUCAGACUUUGGCCUCCAGCAGCAUCAAGACGGUGUUGCUCAGCACGGGCCUCGAUGGCACCUCGCUCCUGCGAGCUUGGUGUUGUGUGGAACUCUUCCUUGCCAAGGAGUUUGGGCGUGCCGUGGUGCUGAACACCCGGCUGGGUCCUAUGCAGGAUCAGUCAGGGCCCUCUGCUCUCACCACCGACAUCAAGCAGUUUGCAGCGAUGUUGGUACAGGCUGCCAGCCUGUGCUGUGAGCAACAGCCCGAAUCUGGAGAAUCUCGUCACCCGGUGGGUGCAGACCAUCCGUUGGCGAAUGGAUGCACGAUCUCCCUCGGGCCUGUGAUCUGGGCCUCGGUGAAGAAGGACGGACUUCUCUGCGUGCAGGGCGCUGUGAACAUGGUUGCCACCUCGUCAUUGGGUAGCGUCGUGCUGGCCUCAGUCGGCUUUCCCUCCCUCAAGAAUAGCUCGCAGAGGGUCGAGAAAGCAGGUCGCUGCGGAGUUUCCUUGCGCACGACUCGAUGA